GCGGUCCCCGCUUCCGGUGGGGCCUGGCGCUCUUUUCUGCCGGGUGUGGCGCGUGGUGAUGGCUGUGCCGCUGCCUGACUGUGCUGCCGCCCGCGGGACGAGGUGUAGCGCAGUGCGGGGGGGUGCAGGGACUGAGGUGGCUCCGCUUUUCUUCAUGCGCGGGGCCGUGACCAUGCUCGCGGGGGACGAGUUCAUCAGCUCCCCGCCCAAGAAGACCGUGCGGUUCGGCGGCACACUGACAGACAUUCUGCUCAAGUACGAACGGGGUGAAACCACUGACUUUGAGCUGCUAAAGCAUCAGCUGUCAGAUCCUGACAUAAAGGAUGCCCAGAUCAUUAACUGGCUGCAUGAAUUUCGAACUUCUGUCACAUAUCUGACCAAGGACUUCGAGCAACUGGUCAGCGUUUUGCUGAAGCUGCCAUGGUUGAGAAGAAGCCGAGAGGUAGUGGAAGAAUAUCUGGGUUUUCUUGGCAAUCUGGUGUCAGCACAAACUGUCCAUCUUAGGCCAUGCUUGAGCAUGAUUGUAUCCCAGUUUGUUCCUUCUCGAAUAACCAUCAGAGAGGAUGAUGUGGACAUUUCAGAUUCUGAUGAUGAUGAAGAAAGCCUUUCUGAAAAUUUUGAUACAUGCCACAGAGCAUUGCAGACUGUCGCAAGAUAUGUUCCUUCAACACUGCAGUUUCUUAUGCCAAUACUUGUGGAAAAAUUUCCUUUCAUUAAUAAAUCAGAAAGAACUCUGGAAUGUUAUGUUCAUAACCUACUACGAGUUACAGUGUACCUUCCAACACUGAGGCUUCAGAUUCUGGAACUUAUUGUUGAAAAGCUGCUAAAGUUGGAUGUUAGUACUCCCCAGCAAGAUAUUGAAGAUGCUGAAGAAGCUGCCAAUAACAGUGAGGAAAAGUCUACAGAGGAGGGACUUUUUGACAUGGAGGAAGAUGAUGAAAGAAAAAAAAACGAAGUUGUCUCUCCCAGUAAUGAGAGAAUGGCCCAUCCACUUGCAGAGCGACUGGAUAUUUUGAUGACCAUCCUGUUUGCCUAUAUUAAAGAUGUUUGCCACGUGGAUGGCAAGCUUGAUAUCAACAAGACAAAAGAUUUGUAUCGGGAUCUUGUUUCUGUUUUUGACAAGCUCAUUUUACCAACCCAUGCUUCUUGUCAUGUACAAUAUUUCAUAUUUUACAUCUGUAGCUUAAAAUUGGGAUUGGCUGAGGCAUUUUUAGACCAUCUCUGGAAAAAACUGCAGGAUCCAAAUAAUCCUUCGGUGAUAAGGCAAACUGCUGGGAGUUACAUUGGCAGCUUCUUAGCAAGAGCUAAAUUUAUUCCAGUUGUCACAGUAAAAGCAUGCCUGGAUCUCCUAGUUAAUUGGAUGCAUAAAUACAUUGAUAAUCAGGAUACAGGGGCUAAUGCUUAUUGUGAUGUAGCUCUCCAUGGGCCAUUUUAUUCUGUGUGUCAAGCAGCAUUCUAUACACUUAUUUUCCGUCAUAAGCAACUUUUGGAUGGAAAUUUAAGGAAAGGUCUGUCAUAUCUGCAGAGUUUAAAUUUUGAGCGGAUUGUCAUGUGUCAGCUAAACCCUCUGAAGAUAUGUAUACCUUCUGUUGUAAACUUGUUUGCUGCCAUUACAAGGAAAUAUCAGUUGGUGUUCUGCUAUACAAUUAUUGAGAGAAAUAAUCGGCAGUUUAUACCAGUUGUUCGGAGUGGCACUGGGGGUGACCUCGUGCAGAUGUGUACUAACCCGCUUGAUAGUUUCUUCCCCUUUGAUCCCUACAUGCUCAAAAGAUCAAAGAAGUCCAUUGAACCAUUUUACCAGUUUUGGGAAGAACUGAGUGCUGAAGAUCUAGAGAAUCUGAAGAAGCCAAUUAAAAGGGGUACUUCUGAAGAUGAAGACGAUGACUUUUUGAAAGGAGAAACCCCUCAAAAUGAGGGCGUGGUUGAAAUUACUCCAAAUUCUUAUGAGUCAAAUACCCGGAGCCCAUUGAGCAGUGCUGGCUCUCCUUUGGACUGUCAUGUGCAAUAUCCACACUGACCUGGAGAACUAGAAGUGGAAGGUUGAAAAUUGCGUGCCAUUUUUUGCUCACAACGAGACCUUAGCUCACUCUCUGAAGUGGCAAAUGCUUCAUGAUCAGAUUUCUAUGGAUAGUUUAUGAUAAAUUCAUGUGCUGCUAGAAAAGUCUAGAGAAUAAAUAGCGUGAUAUUUUACAAAUUUCACAUUGAAAUGAUUUUUAUGACUUACGAGGGUUUUUUUAAUAGUUUUUCUUGACCUUUUAAAAACUUUUGUUUUUUGUUUUGUUUCUGUAUGAAGUUUUAUAUAUUGGGUGAAUUUCUGGUCUUUCUUCUUAUUGAUUUUCGUGUGACCAGAAAUCCAUUGUCAGUAUUUAAACUGUUCUCUGCUGACCUUUUUUCAGUUGGUUUCAAAUCAUGCUGUGAUUUAUACGCGAAGUGGUGAUUGUUGGAAGUGUUGAAAAUGAGUAGCUGAAAGUAUGAUUUGUAGAUAGUUUUAUUUUAGGUGCUUGAGAAGCACUCUGAAAAGGUAUUUAUUUUCAGGAUUUGUAGUUUAUAUCUGAAUGUUGAAAAUAUAAACAAACAAACUCUACAUCCCUUGUAGAAAGGAAUCUGCUAUUAUUGUGUUGUUUCAUAGUUUCAUAGUUUUGUGUGGGUUGGAAGGGACCUUAGAGAUCAUCGAGUCCAACCCCCGGGAUUCGAGCCUCUGUGUAGCAGAGCGGCACUUCUACCAGUUGCACCACAGGGGAUUCGAACCCAGGGCCUCUGUUGUUGCAAAGUGGCGUCUUUAACCACUGCGCCACCAGAGGCACACCAUUCUUCACUGACAUACGAGUUUCUCUGUCAAUAUUUGUUUUUCUCAUGAUGGUAUUCUCUUUUUGAUUCUAAGCAGUGGAAAAAAAGAUUUUGUUUGUAACAUAUAUUUGAAAAUUUAAUGUGUGUGUUCAUCUGCCCUUUUUAGUCUUAGCUUGUGGGUUUUCAAGAUAAAUGUAUUUAUUCAGAGCCAAUAAAGGCUGAUGCAAAGAGUGCCAGUUCUACACUUUGUACUUAACUGAAGAUCUCUCUGUAAUCUAACUACUCCAAAGCUGGGAUGAUUGUUCUGACAGACUAAAAAGUAGUUUCAGGAUGAUGCUGCAAAAUCUGUUAGUAUAAAUUGGAACUUAGCAUUUGUUUAUAAUUUUAAUUGUCUUUACUGUUGUUCCUGUACACGGUAAUUUCCAUAUGAAAUAGUUGUCUCUUUCUCUCGGCACAUAAAUACUCUUCUCACAACCAUGGCAAGGAAAACGCUGUCUGGAUGCUGUCUUUUUCUGCUCUUUCACUUUUAUGUCUUCAGCAACAGUCAGUCACUUAAAGUGAGGCUCUGUAAAACCUGGCAAGGUUAGCUUAGCAAGCUUCCAUGUCUUGUUAAAACUGGGAGGGGGAAGAGGGGAAGGCAAAGUGACACAGUGUAACAUGAAAAAUGUGCGGGCAUUGAACUCUGCCCCUCAGUACUGACAGUUCAACUUCAAUUUGCUAAAGGGACUUGUUUAAAAAAAUAAAGAGGCAGGAGCUC